AUGUUGGAGACAGUCCUCUCGCCCGGGCCAUCAUUCCCUGCAGAGGCAGACACGAAUAUGCCUCGCUGCAUGGCUCCAAAGGCCCCGAUAGAAGUUGGGUCGAUCUCGAACGGCACCUGCCCGGAGUCGAGAGAUAAGGAGAUUAUGUGGACUCCGUCUGAGAUGGCCUUGUCGAAGGCGGCAAGGAU